AUGGAGGCAACCUUUGCUGGAGGUGCGCGGUUCUGCAUAGAUCCAGAGCGGGCGAAGGACGGCAUCAAUGGCAGCGCGAGCCUCAACACGGUGAGGGCGCACGCGCGAGCAACUGAGACCAUGCGUCGUUUGGUGACGCGUGUGCACGGCGCCCCGUGGCCGAAGACGGUCGCGCACUUCAUUUACUACGUUGAUGCCAGGGCCGCGGAGCCUUGCGGGCCGUCGGUGCCCAACCAGACCCUCCGCGCGGUGACCUGGACCGAGCGGGCGGCGGGCUUAAACUUUUGCGUCGAGAUUUCCGCGCGGCCCAAGGUCCAGCGGGUCGUCGCGAACACGGAAAUGCUCCUCGGUGCUAGCAAGGGUCCGACAAUGAUGGCUGCCCGCUUCACCAGCGCGUUCAUCGGGGCCCUGGCGCAGCUGUGUUACAUGCGGGACCCGGCGCGAGUAGAGACUGGCUUCACGCCAUGGCGUGAGUCGCACGAGACCGCGGAAUUCGAGAGGGAUUACAUCUCGCCGCGGUGCGACGAUGCCAGCCAGGCGGUGGUCCGGAAGCCCGCCAGGCAUGCCGAAGCGGCAACGACGGGCCAGGAUGUGCCGCGGAGGGUGCUGGCCUUCAUCCCAGAAGAGGUCGCUGGCUUUUGGACGGAGCACCCGGCGCGAGCAACCCUCUCAUCAGCCUCGUCGGCGAUGGGGAUCUCAAAGGGCGACCGGGACUACUUGGGAAGGCGGUCGCCAAAGGGCGCGGACACCUACAGUGCGCGAGGGGCGAUGCGCUCUGGAAUGGCCUUCGUGGAGCUGGAUGAGGAUGCGUCCAUCCUGGACUUGGCGAACUGGUUGGUAGCGAGGAAAAGUGUCAUCGAGAGGGGGCGACGCGCUGGCGACUAG